UGGCGGGCGGGACAGAGGAGGGGCUUGCAGGUGAGCCGGUAGGCCGGGGGUUGCGGGCAUGGCAGAGGCCAGGAAGCGGCGGGAACUGCUUCCCCUGAUCUAUCAGCAUCUCCUGCACGCGGGCUACGUGCGCGCGGCGCGGGAAGUGAAGGAGCAGAGCGGCCAGAAAAGUUUCCUGGCUCAGCCUUUCACCCUUUUGGACAUCUAUACCCACUGGCAGCAAACCUCAGAAAUUGGCCAGAAGCGGAAGGCAGAAGACGAUGCAGCUCUGCAAGCCAAGAAGACCCGAGUGUCAGAUCCCAUCAGCAGCUCCGAGAGCUCCGAAGAGGAGGAGGAGGAGGAGGAAGAAGCGGAAGCCAAAGCUGCCAAAACUACCCCAAGACCAGCAUCUACCAACUCCUCAGCUAUGGGGAUGGUUUUGCCAUCAAGCAUGAAAGAAAAGGCCAAGGCAAAGACCAGGAACACCAGCAAGACGGUGAACUCUGUGCCACACCUUGCCUCAGGGAAGGCAGUAGUCCACCUCCUUUCUGGGAAGUCACCUAAGAAGUCAGCAGAGCUCUCCGGAAGUACUGUCUUGGUCUCGGAAACUGAGGAGGAAGGCAGCAUCCAGGCUCUUGAAGCUGCUGCCAAGCCUGGGACAGUGUCAGCAGGCCAGGCCGACAACUCCAACAAGGACACCUCCAGCUCCAGCGAUGAAACAGAUGUGGAGGUAAAGUCCUCAGUAGAAACGUCCCAAGUCAGGCCCUCACUUACCCUUGCGAAGGAGUCUUCAGCAAGUAAGGCAGCCCCAAGCCCUGGGAAAGUGGGGGGGGUGGCACGCCAGGCCAGAGGAGGUGCCCUCACCCCAGCUGGGAGUGCCGUGAAACCAGAGGAGGAGCCCCCCACAGGGGCACCCAGCCAAGUAAAGGCAUCUGAGAAAAUCCUUCAGGUUAGACUUGCCCCAGCCUCUGCCAAGGGGACCCCUGGCAAACAGGCCACAUGUGCACUCCCUGGGAAAGGAGGGCCCUUAGCCACACAAGCCAAGGCAAGGAGGCCAGAGCAGGACUCAGAGAGCAGCAGUGAGGGAGAGUCUGACAGUGAGGUGGAGACACCACCUGUCAUGACUGCACUUCAGGCAAAGCUCUCCGGAAAGACCCUGCAGGUCAGAGCUGCCUCAGCCCCUGCCAAAGAGUCCCCCAGGAAGGGACACCCUCCAGCAACCCCUGGGAAAACAGGACCUGCAGCCACCCAGGCCCAGGUGGGGAAGCAGGAGGAGGACUCGGACAGCAGCAGUGAGGAGUCAGACAGUGACGGGGAGACACCAGCAGCCCAGACCCUAACCACAAACCCCUCUCAGGUCCUUUCCCUGCAGAAGAACAUUAACUCAAAAACUGUCGGAAGCAAUACCCUGACCCCAGCUCCCCGGGAGAAGAGCCCAGAGGGGUCCUCGGAGAGCAGUGAAGAGGAGCUGCCCUCCAGCCAGGUGAUUAAAACCCCUCUGAUUUUUGUCGACCCUAAUCGUAGUCCAGCUGGCCCAGCUGCGACCCCCACACAAGCCCAGGCUGCAAGUCCCCCAAGGAAGGCCCGGGCCUCCAGCAGCACUGCCGGGAGCUCCUCUGAGGGCGAGGACGAGGAUGUGAUCCCCGCCACACAGUCCUCCACGCUUGCUGUUAGAAAAGAGGUGGUGACUGUGCCCACUGCCUCCCCAAGGAUGGCCCCCAGAGCCAGCAGCAGCCUGGAGUCCAGUCGGGUAUCACCAGGCCAGAAACAGGAGGCAGCAGCCCCUCAGGUGACAAAGAGGAAUCUGGCUUCCCUCCCACUGACUCAGGCUGCCCUGAAGGUCCUUGCCCAGAAAGCUAGUGAGGGCCAGCCUUCAAGUGAGGCUGGCAGCGAUGCAGGAACACUGCCUGUGACAUGUCCCCAGAGCAACCCUGUCCAGGCCAGAGUGACCAAUAAGCUCAGAAAACCCAAGCCAUCUGAAGGCCAGCAGACCACAGUCACCACCUCGGGCCACCUCAAAGCCACAGCCCCAGGAAGCUCAGACAACAGUGACGACAGCAGUGACAACUCUUCGGGGAGUGAGGAGGAUGCUGAGGAACCUCUGAUGACCAAGUCAGCCCCUGGGCUGGCAGGUCCAUCCCCCUCCAAGAGGGAGACCUUGGUGGAGGAGACCACAGCAGAGUCCAGCGAGGAUGAGGUGGUGGUGCCCUCCCAGUCUCUCCUCUCAGGUUUUGUGACCCCUGGGCUGACCAUGGCCAAUAACCGGGCUUCAAAAGCCACUGCCAGGCAGAACUUGCAUCCCUCACUUUCCUCUCCUCCACCCACUAAAGAUGACCCAGCUGGCAAGCAGGCAGCCGAGUCCCAACACAUAGCAGGUGCUGUGUCCCCUAAGCCAGGGAGAAAAGAGGCUGCCUCAGGCCCCACACCUCAGAAGCCCCGGAAGCCCAAGAAGGGGCCCCUGAGCACCUCAGCCUCCCUGCAGACGCUGCAAAGUAACAUCACUCAGCAUCUCCAGGGCCAACCCUGGCCCCUGAACGAGGCACAGGUGCAGGCCUCGGUGGUAAAGGUCCUGACUGAGCUGUUAGAGCAGGAGAGGAAGAAGGCUGAAGACACCGCCAGGGAGAGCAGCAGGAAGGGCCGGAAGCGGAAGCUGUCAGGGGACCAGGUGGCCUCCAGGGCCCCCAAGGGCAAGAAGAAGAAGCAGCUGGCAGCCGGGGAAGGCAGGGAGGAUGCUGCUUCCUCAGAAAAGGCCCCAAGGACUUCCAAGGGGAAAUCAAAGAGAGACAAAGCAAGUGGUGAUCUCAAGGAGGAGAAGGGAUCUGGCUCCGGAGGGUCCAAGGACAAGCCAGAUGGGGAGCUUCUGAAGGUAGAGAGUGGAAAUCAGAAUGACUCAAAGAGCAAGAAAGAGAAGAAGAAAUCAAAUAAGAAGUGGAGAGAGCUGAGGACCGGCACCAGGAGCCCAGGGGCCCUGACCAGUGGGCCUUCAGACACUGACCCCAGCAUAGGACUGACAUCUGUUGUUCAGGAAGCUUACUUUCUUCCCUCAGAAAAAAAAGACAAGGAAAAAAAGGAAAAGAAGAAAGGAAAAAAGCCUUCAGCCAAAGACUCUGAUUCACCAUUCCAGAAGAAAAAGAAGAAAAAGAAGAAGACGGCAGAGCAGACGGUGUGAGAGGCCCAGGCAUCGGGUGCAGGAACUUCUUAGUGGAGUGGCAACCAUCCCAGGCCUUUGCCCUCUGCCUACCGCGCGUUGGGACUGAAUUUGAACUUCCCCUCCCUCCACAGAAGAUAACAGCCACCUGCAGGGUCCUGGUGCUGGCCAGGCCAGUGGGCCUGUGGGGAGGCUGGUCCGAGGAGGCAGUGGGCUCUGCUCCUGGGACCUCACCCCCACCUUCCCCAAGACAGGGUGCCUCGUAUAGAUGUGUACAGUAUAUAUUUUUUAAGUGACUUGCCCCUCCUUCCCAUCCAACAUGCCUCAGGGCCUCAGACCUCCCUCUGCUGUGCUCUACAGAUGCAGCUGUCAUGUGCCACACGGCCUCUGGCUUAUCCUGAGGCUUUGUCCUCUUUAAGAACUUAAAAAUAAAAGAGUUAAAGGAAAGGUGCAAGCUCCAGUGCAUCUGGGGCAAGUGCUGUGCAAUGAGCUGCAUGAAGAGGACAGUUGGUCUGCACCUAGCAGUGAGCAAGCAGUGCCCCAGCCUCCUGUUUGGUGUGCUGAGCUUGGGCACUGUGUGAGGAAGGGCGUCAGAGAAGGUGCUGGGGGCUGACUGGGUGGGACAGGCUUCCUGAGGAGGUGGCAGCUAAGCCUAAGGGAACCAAAGGGUGCUCCUGGGAGGUUUCUGGAAGCUGGAGUGGGGCACAGAUACCAAGAGGUGAGAAAUGGGAGGGGCUUAGGAACCAUCUUCAAGAGGUAUCUCGUGACAAGGACAAGCUCUCUUGGGGUAUGUGGAGAACACAGUACAAGAGAUGGAAGAGCCAGGACAUGGCUAGAAGGCUCAUUUCCAGGCCGAGCAGUGUGGAGCACUAGCAGGCAUGGCAAUUUCCUCUGACACUCAUAGUCUCCUAGAGACGGCCACAGGCCAUGCAGAAAGAGAACAUGGGGCUGUGGCACUCAGGGCCUUGGGCCACUCCCACCCCUCCUAAGUAUGUUGGUCUAGAUAGAGGCAGCAGAGAAGUGACCUCAUUGGACUGUGUUGACCCACAAAAGUUUUUAAACUUCAAAAGUGGAGCAAUUUUACCAACAUUCUUGAUUUCUUGGUCCUCUUGAACUUGAGUCAACAAACCUAGUGGGGGUGGGGGGAGGGGGUUGCAACCUUUCUUGACAACUGGCUGGAGCUGAGGAGUGGGUUGCAGGUCCAGCAUAGUGCCCAUUUCUCCGCAGCCCCCACUUCCUGUCCAUUCUUGACACCAAAGCCCUGUGUCUAUUCCCAUCUGUCAUCACACUUACGCUGUUCUUAGUAUAGAAAUGGAAUUGGGGACAUGGGAAAAUGGAAGCUGGACUAAGAUGAGCUUAUGCUUAAAAAAUUAUAGACAGUCUAUUUCUUUUUGGAAGUAAAGAAUAUUUGAGUGUGUGAA